GAAAUUCUGAAAUAAUCUUUGACAGUCCUCCUGUCACGAGACAUUGCCGUAAUACUGAAGGAGAAGCGCUGGCGCUGAUACCAAUCAUCUCACACACGGCGCAAUGCCGUCGCAACAACGACCAAGUUGGGCGCCGCUGACGGAGGAGCAAUUGCAAGAGCGGCGCAUAGUGAAUGUAAGGUCCGAAACAGUAGACGAUACCACCGCGACAGAUAUCCCAGGUCAUUAUGGUCCACAACAAGACGAUAGCUGGGAUCUACAACGCUUCACGGAUCAAUUGAAGGUCGAAUUUCACCAGAAUAAACCUCACGAUGCGACAUUUUCAUUGAUUGGUGUAGACGCCAGCAUUGCGAACGCAUAUCGACGACUGCUCAUGUCAGAAGUGCCAACCCUUGCGAUCGAGGAUGUUUUCAUAUUCGACAACACCAGUAUCAUCCAGGACGAAGUCCUCGCACAUCGACUGGGAUUGAUCCCUCUGGCUGGCGGGGAAGAGGGACUGCGGUGGAUGCAGUGGUACAAAAAGCCUCCACCAAAAGAUGAUUUCGCUGCCCAGGCAGCGUGGGAGGCAGAGGAGGGCGAUUCUAUUGCAAGCGUUCCAAACGACACCAAUACUGUCGUCAUAACACUCGAUGUCACAUGCCGGUGGGCAACACAAGAUCAGGACGGUCGUGACGGCAAGAAGCUAGCGAAGGAGGGAUCUAUCGAUCCGACCGAGAAAUACGUCAACUCCAAUGUAUAUGCACACCAGCUCAAGUUUGAGCCUGAGGGCAAACAGAAGGACUACUUCUCGGGGGAGAAUGCAAUCCGGCCCGUCAAUCCUGAUAUCCUCAUCGCAAAGCUAAGGCCGGGUCAACGCAUCCACCUCAGAUGUCACUGCAUCAAGGGCGUCGGAAGCGAUCACGCCAAAUUCAGCCCUGUCGCAACGGCAUCAUAUCGUUUGCUCCCACAUAUCAACAUCACGAAACCAAUACUAGGCGCAGAUGCGAAGAUGUUCGCUCGAUGCUUUCCGCGAGGUGUGAUUGGUCUGGAGGACGACCCGCAAUCUGGCCAGAAGAAGGCCGUCGUAGUCAACCCGAUGAAAGAUACUGUGAGCAGAGAAUGUCUACGCUACGACGAGUUCAAAGAUAAGGUCAAGUUGGGACGGAUCCGGGACCACUUCAUCUUCUCAGUAGAGAGCUCGGGUCAAUUUGAGAGCGAUGUCUUGUUCAUUGACAGCAUUCGGCUGCUUAAGGCAAAAGCGCAGAGAUUCAAACGCCACCUGGCGGAGCUUGAAGAAGGUCGGUAAGCCUGUCAGUGAUGCAUUCGGGAUGAAUGCAAUGAUCGUGGCCAGCGGAAACAUCGCAAGCAGCCGCAUUACGAAUUUACACUACCGUGCUCAUCGUCGAACCAUGUAUAUAUGUCAAUGCAGCUUCUAGCCCGUCGCAAAUAUGGCGCAAUUUGGGAUGAGGGAUGCUAUCAACGGGGUGUUUGAGGCGUUGUGUUCCUACUCUGGGAGACAAAAUAGUGCAAUUUCAAGAUGGGAGAUCGGGGGAAUUAUCUUCAUGCUCAUUAAUACAACAAAUGAAACAAUCGAAGCAAAAAACGGACUGUAUAUUACUGUCUGCAGCAUUGAGCCGUACCCUACCAGCGCCGUGAACUAUGUAUGCCUUUUGGUAUGACAACUCUAAUGGCCCAUGCCUCUCCAACGCCAAACCAGGCAUGAAACUUAAGACAACGUAUGAUCCUCGUAAAAUGAUAAAUCCCAACCAACACGUAAUUUCCAGGG